CGAAUUAUAAUCUUGAGUAUUACGUCAUAGCGCAGGAUCCCUGCAUUACGUCUCCCCAAACAUCCUGCGCCUCUUACUUUAACAGACCUUUCGACUGUCUUCUAAACUCAUUUUCUUUCAUUUACACAUUCACAAGUUCUCUCGACCCAGCAUGACUUCAAAACUAGUACCUUCCGAUCCCGCCAGUGUUAUGGUGAUUCGAGAUGUGGUCCCGCACAUAGUGACUACGCUCUCUGUACCGUUUUGGAGAUUCGGUCGCGUCAAGAUCGGCGGAAGAGGAACCAUCGUGCGCCUUGAAUCCGGUGCUCUUGCCGUCUUCUCACCCGUCGCGUUGACCGAAGAUGUCAAGCGCAAAGUGUCUGAGAUGGGCGAAGUCAAAUACAUCGCAGCCCUAGACAACGAGCACCACAUUUUCCUCGGUCCCUGGCACACGGAAUACCCCAAUGCGCAAGUCAUGGGUCCAGAGAUGCUGCCAGAAAAGCGCGCAAAGCAAAACAACGAGAACGUCCCUUUCAGUGUCCUCUUCAGUGCCUCGAAGCCCGUGACUUCUAUCUCACCCGAAUUCGACGCAGAGUUCGACUGGGAGUAUGUCCCCUCGCACGUCAACAAAGAACUAGUCUUCCACCACCGCCCCACGCGCAGUCUCAUCCUCGCAGACCUCAUGUUCAAUCUGCCAGCGACGGAGCAAUUCAGCAAGUCUGGUGUCGACCCAAACACAGGAAUUCUAAGCAAGAUCUUCAAUACCCUGCAGAGCACAAAAGGUGAUGCGAAGUGGCAGCAGCGCACCAUCUGGUAUGGAACUAGUGCAAAGGAUCGAAGCGGUUUCUCGAAGAGCAUGGAGAAGAUUGACAAGUGGGGGUUCGAAAGGAUCAUUCCGUGCCAUGGAGAUGUGAUUGAGGGCGAGGGCAAAGGUAUCUUUGAGAAGGUUAUGAGGUGGCAUUUGGAUGCUGCGAAGGGGCAGGCCAAGACUUCUUGAGCUAUAUGGCGCUGAAGGGAGAAAAAGGCGUUUAAAGAUAUGGAGGCGAAGCCUGAGGGAGGCAGUAGGUGGAAGGGUUUAGGUGAUACCCCAGUUGUUUGGAGACGGCAGUGUUUUUCUUCUGUUUCUCAAUUCUAAUCAUCCCUGUCUCGUUCAUGAGUAAUUGACAGCAAAGGAUAAUGUAAACUGUAUUAUUAUUAUUAUUAUUCUCUUCAUAGCCUCUUCGACCCUC